AUGGACGCCCUGCGGCAGAUCGUCCAGACGGAGGGGGUGUGGCGGCCCAUCCGGGGGGUGAACGUGCUGGCGGUGGGGGCGGGCCCCGCGCACGCGCUCUACUUCGCCUGCUACGAGAAGAUCAAGUUCUCCCUCAGCGACGCCAUCCACCCGGGCACCAACAGCCACUUCGCCAACGGAGUGGCCGGCUGCAUGGCCACGGUGCUGCACGACGCCAUCAUGAACCCAGCCGAAGUCGUCAAGCAGCGCAUCCAGAUGUUCAACUCUCCGUACCGGGGGGUCCUGGACUGCGUGGGCUCCCUGCUGCGGCGCGAGGGUCCGGCCGCCUUCUACCGCAGCUACACCACGCAGCUGACCAUGAACGUGCCCUUCCAGGCGCUCCACUUCAUGACCUACGAGUACCUCCAGGAGCUGCUCAACCCCCACAGACAAUGA